AUGUCGGAUAUCAUUGCAACCAAUAAUGCUAUUCGAGAUAGUGUCAGCUGUGAUUCUGGAGAGUCCAACGUCAAGCAGUACUUGAAAUUGAGCCUGCAACUGGCGUAUGUAUUGCCACUUGGGUUUUUAUAUUUAUCCUUCUUGAUGUUAAUUGUGAAGAAAAGAAAAGUUCCAGGUGUCUUUGAAGACUCAUUCUUCACUCUACAUUUGGUGGAUGGAGUUAUUACCCUAUACUUCCUUGUAUUAAACACCAGUUUCUUCCGAGUAACAUCUUACGUUCGACCAGUUUGUGAAUUUCUUGUACCUCUCCUGAAAGAUCCUUCUUAUAUACUGACCCCAUUUUACACAUCCUACAUGUAUGCUCAACUUGCAAAAAUGUUGUCAACUUUGGCGAUGAGUAUUAAUAGAUAUACUUCUGUUAAUAAUCCGGUUCAACACAAAAUGAUUUGGAUGAAGUAUAGCUCGAAAGCCAUUGCUCUCAUUUUUAUAAUUCCGUUGUUUGGAGUUUGGCCUGUCGCAAUCGGCAACACAAGUUUUCUACCCUUCAAUGGAAAUGGAUAUAUUGCCUAUGAGCACGUAUUUUCAUGGGCACGUACUUCGUACGGAAGACUUGCAUUAUCUAUACCUACAAUUGCUUUCAUAAUCUAUUCAAGCAUAAUAACUUCAACGAAACUUAGAAAACUAGGUGGACAUAUGAAAAAAGUGGAAUUCUCUAUGAACGUCGCAACAAUAUUCACUUCUUGUGGAUUUGUUUCAGUUGUCGUGCUUCAAUUUUUAUACCUUAAAAUUGACACAAAUACGGUAUCAAAUGAGGUCGGAAUGACAAAGUUGAUAAUGGCAGCUACGCAAUUGAGCAAUGAUUUUUAUAUGUUAAGUGGGCCUGCUGUGCUUGUCAUUUUGGAAAAAAGAAUGAGAUCUUCGUUUCGUUGUUGUACCCAGACGGUGUCGAGCUCCGGUAGAAGGACAAAUGGUUCAGUUCAACCAAUCACUUUUGUGAUUUCACAUUGA